AUGAUGCCGCUGCCGUCCCCUGCACGAUGCCGCCUCCCCGCCCUGCCAGACCCAAAUAAACUCUGCUCCUACAAGCCACGGCGCUAUCGACACCAUUUGCGAGACGACGAGUCCGUAUGGCCACUGACUUGGAUGUGCGUUACACCCGUCAAUUAUCGAUACUAUAAAGUACACAGCCAAUGUCUGUCCUCUGACCCGUGCUACAUUUCGCCAAUCUUGGCUACCUGCAACGGGCACAACCACAUGUGCCUCGCAUGGACACGACCAAGCGCCGUAUCGUGCGAUGACCCUAUGAAUCUUACACAAGCAUCGCACCAAAACUUCGACCCCCUCGGCGUCGAUUGGCUGCGCGGAGAGUUAGGUGUCAUCACUGCUCUAGAUGAGUCGUGCCGCAACAACGUACUUGUUAUGCGGGCCAAGUGGAGGUCAACACUAGUUGAUACCGACGUGGUUGGCGUUGGAUUUAACCACGUCAGACUCCCACACACGUGGCGCAUCGGUUCCUUUCCAUAUUCGCUUUUCCUCAAGAAGAGCUGGUGCGGUUGCUUUUUUUAUGGCCCCGGUAAGGCUCGCUUUGGGUUCUCGCGCAAGGCGGCGCCCGACGCAGUCCCCAGUAUCGGGUAG